GGAGGAAGGGAGAGGGCGAGGCGAGAGGGAGUUAGAAGAGUACGAGUCGGUGUGUGAGGCGCUCAGCGUUGUGUUAGCCAUUGCCCCGCACAGCAUCAACCACCUGAGGGCCUUCUUUGCCGCGCACCCGCCUCCCUUCCUCAGGCUCAUGCUGCGUGGCUAUAGCGAAGGGCGUGUCGCUGAGGAUCCGUCCUCUCUGCUGCCCCCCCUCCGCACGUCCCUGCGCCUCCUCCUCUCGUCGCUGCCCACCUUCUCCUCCCUCUGGGACUGGUCUCCUGUCUUCCCCCUCCUCCUGCCCUUAGCCGGGCAGCGGGGAGACGACAGCAACGAGGAGCAGCAAGGGAAGGAGGGGGGGCGGGAGCAGCAGCGGGAGCAGUGGCAGGAGGUGCAGUGGGUGGCGCUGGAGAUAGUGUGUCUGGCGCUGUCCUUUGACGAGGCCACUCGCACUCUCGUGGGCUCCUCCCUGUGCUCUCUGAACGCCACGCACCGCGCUCGACUGCAAUUCCGCUGGCGUCAGAUGGCGACAGACCUUGAGGCGGAACGAGCCCCCAUGUUCCUGCUAUCCCCGCUACGAGCAGCCUCGUUACAAGACACUGGUGGGAACACACCAGGCAGUGCUGCCAGCGAUGCCUCUUCUUCCGACCUUUUGCUCCAAGACCCUCUGCUUACUCCCACGGAUUCUGGGAGCGGGGCUGGUGGUGCGAGCGCUGCUGGUUCUUCGCUUGAUGGGGGCGGGGCACGUGGGGGAGAAGGUGGAGUGAGUGGAGGAGAGGGAGCGGGAGUGUUGACGCCUAGCAGCACGUCACGGUUCAACACAGUUGCUGUGCUCGGGGUGGAUCUGCCGCAGCGGCCUGUUGGCAGAACCGCCUCCUCUUCCCCCCUGGCAUCGCCGCGCCUGGUGGCCACAGCCACGGCGCGCAGCAACCUGCAUGCGCUGGUGCUCUCGCUUUGCCAGCACCAGCCGCUGCUGCUGGAGGGGCCCGUGGGCAGCGGCAAGACGGCUCUAGUGGACUUCCUCGCACACUGCACCCGGAAUUAUGACAUGGUACGGGUGCACAUGGACGAUCAGAUGGAUGGCAAGACGCUGCUGGGCUCCUAUGUGUGCACGGACGUGCCUGGGGAGUUCGAGUGGCGCCCAGGCGUGCUCACCCUCGCUGCAGCUCGGGGCCUGUGGGUGCUACUGGAGAACAUCUCAGGGGCGCCGUUCGACCUGCUGUCCUCAUUGCUGCCGCUGCUGCAGGACCGAUGCCUGCACCUGCCCGGCCACUCGCAGCCCCUGCAAGCAGCAGAUGGGUUUCAGAUCUUUGCCACCAAGGCCGUUGCAGCUUCCUCCUCUUCCUUCCGCUCCUCAGCAGCCUCUGGAGUGGACUCUCUUUUGGCCUCCCACUUCCACACGGUGCACGUGCACCCUCCCCACGCCUCCGAGCUGCCCACCAUUCUCACCUCCUCCUUCCCUGCCCUCUCCGCCCUCGUCCCCACGCUCCUUGACCUGGUUCAAGCUGUGGGCAGAGUAGCAUCCGGCCAGCCUCUUUCGUCCUCCCUCCUUCAACACCAGCAGCAGCAGCUCGCCACAGCUGUUUCUGAAGCUGCUGUGUCUGGGGGGCUAUCUAUCAGAUACAGCCGGCAUGUCUCCCUGAGAGACACCAUGAAGAUCGCUUUGCGUCUGCACUCGCUGCCGCUCCCCGCCUCGCUCCCCUCUCACCCCGCCCCCACCAUGACCCUCCCUCAUGCUGUGCGCGAGCGCAUCUUCUUUGAGGUGGUGGACUGCCUGGUGGCCUGUGUGCCAAGUCCAGAGCACCGUGUGGCGCUGAUGGCGCAUCUAGCUCUGCUCUGCGGCCUGCCCAGUGACUAUGCGCUGCAGCUGCAUUCGCUGUACCAGCCACCCGUGCAUGUCACUUCUCUGGAGCUUCGUGUGGGCAGGGCUGUCAUUCCUCUGCGCUUGCAGCAGUCCCAUGAGAGCAGGGAGGGCGGCGGCAUGGCGUUUGCAGCGACGGGGGCGGUGCUGCGGCUGAUGGAGCGGGUAGCGGUGUGCGUGGGGCAGAGGGAGCCGGUGCUGCUGGUGGGGGAGACGGGCACGGGGAAGACCACCACGGUGCAGCACCUGGCGCGCAUGGCAGGCAGAGGCAUCACUGUCAUUAACAUGAGUCAGCACAGUGACAGUGCGGACUUCCUGGGCGGCUUCAAGCCAGUGGAGCAGCGGGUGGUGUGCCUCGCCCUCUACCACUCCUUCACCUCGCUCUUCUCCAACACCUUCCCCUCCCAGCGCAAUGCGGAGUUCCUGCUGCGGCUGAGUCGCCUGGCAGCUAAGUCCAAGUGGCCCCUGCUGCUCUCGGCCUUCCGCUCCACUGCACUCAAGGUCGCGCACCUGCUCGCACUCCCGCCAUCCCCUGCUGCUGCCACGGAUGCUCAUGCCAGUGCUCAGACUGCUGGUGCUGCUGGCGCUACUGGUUCUGCUGGUUCUGCUGGUGCUGGUGGUGGUACUGCUGCUGGCACAGCUGGUGCGGCUGAUAGUGCUGAUGGUGGCACUGCUGGUGCUGGCAGUAGUUUGGAGUCAGCAAAGCCCGAGCGCAGUGCCAAGAGGACCAAGAGGCUGGACAGUGAGCUGGCUCGGGCGUGGGCACAUUUCUCCACGGAUCUCGCCCGUGCGGAGCGGCAGGUGGCGGCAGCGGAGGCAUCCUUCGCGUUCAUGUUUGUGGAGGGGGCGCUCGUGAAGGCCUUGCGCGAGGGACAGUGGCUGCUCAUGGACGAGAUCAACCUCGCGCCGCCCGAGACCCUGGAGCGCCUCAGCGGCGUGCUGGAGGGGGACGCGGGGUCGCUGGCCAUCACAGAGCGAGGGGACAUUGAGGCGGUCCCCCGGCACGCGGACUUCCGUCUGUUUGCAGCCAUGAACCCGGCCACGGACGUGGGCAAGAGGGACCUGCCGCCCGCCAUCCGCUCGCGCUUCACCGAGCUCUUCGUGGACGAGAUCACCAGCCGGCAGGAGCUGGGCAGCAUCGUCUUCAAGUAUCUGGAGGGCCUGCUGCCGUCCCCCCCUGUGGACGAUAUUGUUGACUUCUACCUGGCCGCCAGACAGGAGGCCGAGGUGUCUCUCUUUGACGGUGCAAACCAGCGCCCCCAGUACACGCUGCGCACGCUGGCACGCGCGCUGGAGUACGUGCGGGUGGCUCUGCCGCUCUACGGCUUCCACCGCUCGCUCUACGAUGGGACUGCCAUGUGCUUCCUCACGCUGCUCGAUCGCUCCUGCGCGCCCACCAUGGAGACCCUAAUCCAGCGCCACCUCCUCAAGUCGGCGCCGCCAGUAAAAGUCUUACUUAGAGCGCCGCCCAGACCUGGCGGGAAGUACGAGCUGUUUGAGCAGUUUUGGGUGGAGAGAGGGCCGGAGAAAAGGGGGGAGGAGGACGAGGAGGGAGGGGAGAGUGAGGGGAGGGCGAGUGGCAGUGGAGGGAAGAAGGGUGAGAAUUUGAACGGUGUUGGCAGCGCUAGUGGUGCUGGUGCCAGUGGUGCUGGUGGUGGGGUAGGUGCAGGGGGGAUGGAGGCGGAGGAUGGGGAGGCAGCGGUGGCAGGGAGGGUGAGGGCGGAGGAGUUUGUGUCGACACCGAGUGUGAGGGGGCACCUGAAAAACCUGGCGCGUGCGGUGCUGGUCCGCAAGUACCCCAUCCUGCUGCAGGGCCCCACAUCCAGCGGCAAGACCAGCCUGGUGGAGUACUUAGCUAAGCGCACGGGGCAUCGCUUUGUGCGCAUCAGCAACCACGAGCACACAGACCUGCAGGAGUACCUAGGCACAUACAUUACAGACAAGUCAGGCCGGCUCAAGUUCCAGGAAGGCCCGUUGGUGCAGGCCGUGAGGAGGGGCCACUGGAUAGUCCUCGAUGAGCUCAACCUGGCACCAUCGGACGUGUUGGAGGCGCUCAAUCGUCUGCUGGAUGACAACAGGCAGCUCUUUGUGCCCGAGCUACAGGAGACAGUAUCUCCCCAUCCCCACUUCAUGCUCUUUGCCACCCAGAACCCACCAGGCCUCUACGGUGGGAGAAAGGUGCUGUCUCGUGCGUUCCGCAAUCGCUUCCUGGAGCUGCAUGUGGACGACAUUCCACACACCGAGCUGGCGCUCAUUGUAGAGAGGCGCUGCCUCAUCCCUGCCAGCUACGCAGCCAAGAUGGUGGAGGUGAUGAAGGACCUGCAGCGGCACCGGCAGUCGUCAGCCGUGUUCGCUGGCAAGCACGGGUUCAUCACACCGCGUGACCUCUUCCGAUGGGCCAACCGCCACGCGCAUGGCUACGAGGAGCUGGCGCGCGACGGGUUCUACCUGCUUGGGGAGAGGCUGAGGGAGGAGCCGGAGAAGGAGCUGGUGAUGCAGACGCUGAGGAAGCGACUCAAGGCCCACAUUGACAGCAGCACGCUGCACCAGGUCGACCCAUCCCUGCAACAGCAGCUAGCGCGCAUGCUGUCUGACGCGCACAGGGGAUACGCUGUCGAUUCGUCCUCCUCCCCUCCCACGCACACCCCUCUGGACCCACACAUUGAGGCCCUCGCAUCUCUAGGGGGCAGUGUGGUGUGGACCCGCGCCAUGACGCGGCUCUUCAACCUGGUGCUGCGCUGCCUGCGCCACGGGGAGCCGGUUCUGCUGGUGGGGGAGACGGGUGGCGGCAAGACCACGGUGGGGCAGCUGGCAGCAGCGGCGUGCGGGCAGACGCUGAGGAUCAUCAACUGCCACCAGCACUCCGACGCCUCCGACUUCAUUGGGGGUUACCGCCCCACGAGGGACAGGGAGCCUCUGCAGCAGCAGUACGCAGCAGCUAUUGGGAAGAUCCAGAACCUCCUCUCUGCCCUGUCCGCUGGAGAGGCAGAUCCAGUGGAGCCUAAAGAAGGAGAAGCAGGAGCAACAGAAACAGCAGCAGUAGAGGUAGAAGCAGUAGAAACAGCAGGAGCAGCAGAGGCAACAGACAAGGCUGUGCAUGGAGAAUCAGGGAGUGAGAGAUUGGAGAGAGCUAAGACAGGGCUCUUGGACGGGCUUGAGGAGGUGUCAGAGGAGAUCGAGCAAGAGCCAAAAACUGCAGCCUCAAUCCGCACGGUCGUAUCCAGACUCAAGGCUAAGAAGCAGGCUGCAACUGAGGCAGGCGCAGCUGCUGCGGAAAAGGCAACAGAAGAGGCCACGGCUGCUGCAGCAGCUGCAUUGGCAGCAGAAGCGGAAGCAGGAGGAAGGGUAUCCGCCAAGAAGCAGCGAAAGAAGGCUGUGAAGAAAGCAGCAGAGGCCGAGGCAGCAGCGAUCGCAAAAGCAGCGGCGGCAGCAGGUGCUGAAGCCACGGUAGCGGCAGGAUGGGGCGAAGAAAUGCAGCAAAGAUUGGAGGAGCUAGAAGCGCUACUGAGUGAGGUGGAGGAGGUGGGGGGGCACUGGAGGGCGCUGUUCGAGUGGGUGGACGGCCCUCUGGUGCGCGCCAUGCGGUGCGGCGAUGCGGUGAUGCUGGAUGAGAUCUCGCUGGCCGAUGACAGCGUGCUGGAGAGACUCAAUAGCGUGCUCGAGACCAAGAGGACGCUGGUGUUGGCAGAGAAGGGAGGGCCAGAGGCGGAGCACAUAGUGGCGCACCCUGACUUCCGCCUGAUUGCAACCAUGAACCCGGGCGGCGACUACGGCAAGAAGGAGCUGUCCCCCGCACUGCGUAAUCGGUUCACGGAGGUGUGGGUCCCGGCCAACAAGGACAUUGACGACCUCACUGCCAUUGUUGCGGAUCGGUUCGCAUCUCCCUACCUGGCUGAUCUCGCAGCUCCCAUGCUCAAGUUCUGGCAGUGGUUUGAGGCAGAGGGCGAUGCAGGCACUGUCCUAUCUGUGCGAGACCUUCUCUCCUGGGCGGCCUUUGUCAACGCCACUGCCCAUCUCGCUCCUCAGCAGCAGCAGCAGCCAGAGGAGCCACAAGUCCAGUCAGAGCAGGGGGAGCAGACUCAACAGAAACAGGAUGAGCUGGAUGAGGGGAAACCCGCAGCUGGCAGUGAGAACAAGGUUGCAGCCGGGGAUGGGGUGCGCAUAGACAAGUGGACGUCCUUCCUCCACGGGGCGUUCCUGGUGUUCCUGGACGGGGUGGGCAUCGGCCAGGGCCUGCCAGAGGACGUGGCUCAGGCCGUGCGCGCCCGCAGCUUCAACCUCCUACUGCAGCUGCUGCCGCCGGAGGCCAAGGCAGCAGGCAUGCAAGUGGGCGUUCAGAGCAAGCUAAUACCAGAACCAACCACUUCAGACCCCUCUGCUCCAUCCUCGCGCCCUCCUCCAAAGCUGCAUGCGUCAGACAUGCAACGAGUCUUUGGCUUCCACCCCUUUUACAUCCCACGAGGGCCCCGUGCCACGGACACAUCGGUUCCGUUUGAGCUGACAGCGCCCACCACCAACGCCAAUGUUGUUCGCCUGCUCCGAGCCAUGCAGAUCCGCAAGCCAGUCCUGUUGGAGGGCAGUCCAGGAGUGGGGAAGACCAGUCUGGUGGCAGCGCUGGCAGCAGCAGCAGGGCACCGCCUCGUGCGAAUCAACCUGUCGGAGCAGACGGACAUGAUGGAUCUGCUGGGGUCGGACCUGCCUGUGGAGGGCGGCAAGGGAGGCGAGUUCCGCUGGGCCGAUGGCGUCUUCUUGCAGGCGUUAAAGGCAGGCGACUGGGUGCUGCUGGACGAGCUGAACCUGGCGUCUCAGUCCAUCCUGGAGGGCCUCAACAGCUGCCUGGACCACCGCGCGGAUGUUUUUCUGCCCGACCUCAACCGCACCUUCCACUGCCCGCCCUCCUUCCGCAUCUUCGCGGCGCAGAACCCCCUGCAGCAGGGGGGCGGCCGCAAGGGCCUACCAAAGUCCUUCCUGAACAGAUUCUCCAAGGUGUACGUGCAAGCCCUGGAGUCCGACGAUUUCAUAUUCAUAUCCUCAGCGCUCCACCCCUCAGUGCCCCUCCCUCUGCUGCACAAGAUGGUGGACUUCAACACCCAGCUGCGCACGCACGCCCUCUCCCGCACCUCCUCCUUCAGCAUGGCUGCCAGUGGCGCUGGCGGGCCGCUCUGGGAGUUCAACCUCAGGGACGUGCUGCGCUGGUGCGAGCUCAUAUGCGCGCAGCAACAGCAUCAGCAGCUGCAGCACCCAGGGCGGUUUGUGAAUCUGCUGUACGUUCAGCGGCUGAGGUCUUCCAACGAGCGUCGCUUCGUAGCCAAUCUGUUCCUCUCUGUCUUCGGCCACGCUCUGCCGUUCGACCCACACCCCUCCGUCUCCCUCACCCCUAAUCUCCUCCGAGUAGGCAAUGCUUCCCUCCCAAGAGCAUCCCUCUCCGCUGCUCUCUCCUCCUCCUCUUCCCAACCCGCUCCCACUCCCUCUUCUUCCUCCUCCACGCUCCUUUCCUCCUCUCUCCACCUUCUCCCCGCCUCUGCCUCCGCCCUGGAGUCGGCUGUAGCAGCUGUAGCGCACAACUGGAUGGUAAUUCUCGUGGGGCCCGCAGCGUCAGGCAAAACCUCUCUUAUCCGCCAGCUGGCGCAGAUGGCGGGCCGGCGGCUGCGGGAGAUGCCGCUGACGUCAGCAACGGAUACGACUGACCUGCUGGGGUGCUUUGAGCAGAGGGAUGGGAGGCGGCAACUGGGGGAGGUGGAGAGGCGGGUGGAGGGGCUAGUGAGGGAGGUGGCUGCUGCUGUACUCGCUAGUGGCGCUGAUAGUGGUGCUAGUACCAGCGAUAGUGGUGUUGGAGGUGGAAUGGAGGAGGGAAGAGAAGGGGGCGAGGAGGGAGGGGAGAGGAUGGGGAUGGGAGAGAUGGUGAGUGCGGUGGGGGGGCUGACUGGCGAAUGGUGGAAGUAUUGGCAGCAGGCGAAGGAGAGGGAUGGGCUGAACCUGGGUAAGACAGAGAAGGCAGAAGAAGGGGAGGAGAGAGGAAGCGAGAGUGGAGGGGGGAGAGGAGAGGGUAGUGCUGAUGGUGCUGUUUAUGGCGCAAGUGGGAUGGCUCUCCAGGCAAAAGACACGCUUGCUGCACAGCUUGCGCAGUUUGAUUGGCUGCUGAGGAUUGUCGGGCAUGCCCGGAGCAUGCUGGUGGCAUUAGAUGGAGCAGUAGAUGGGGACGGAAGGAGGGGGGGAGAUGAGAGGGGUGAGGAGGAGUCAAGGAAGGACGGCGGACAGGCAGUGGAGGAAGGGGAAGAAAUGGCGGAAGGAGAGGAGACAGCAACCGUGGCAGCAGCAGUAGAUGGAGGAAGUGAGAGUACUAACAGCCCUGUAUCGGUCCUUGUCGUUGCAGCAGAUUCCUUGGCUCAAGCAGUGGCAGAGGCGCGGUCGGUGUGUGAGGAGGAGGGCAUGGCACGGGCAGCGGGGCACUUUGAGUGGGUGGAAGGGCCGCUCGUGGAGGCAGUGGUGCAGGGCGACUGGGCCGUGCUUGACAACGCCAACUUCUGCAACCCCUCCGUGCUGGAUCGCCUGAACCCCCUAGUGGAGCCCAACGGCCAUCUCCUGGUCAACGAGCGGGGCCUGGUGGACGGCAAGCCGGUGCUGCUGCGCCCGCACCCCGACUUCCGCCUCUUCCUGUGCCUGGACCCGCACUACGGAGAGGUGUCUCGUGCCAUGCGAAACCGCGGCGUCGAGAUCUUCCUCAUGCCCCCCGAUUGGCCCAGCCCUGCCUUGCCGCCCCUGCUUCCCGCCUCCGCAACUCGUGCUGGUGCCGCUUCUGCUGGGUCUGACACUGCUCUUGGUGCCGCUUCUGCAGCUGCGGGCCCUGGUGGUUCUGGCGGUCUGCUGGAACGGGUGGUGGUGGAUUCAGGUUUUGGUGAUGGCUCUGCUGGUGGGGGAGAAGGAGAGAGUGGAGGACAGGCAGGUUUAGCCAAUCAAGGGACCCGCCACGUGGGUGAGGGGGAUGGAGAAGAGAGGGAUCCAGCUGUUGUGAUCCUCUCUCUUCUGGAUCCUUCCACUUGGAUUGUCGGUCGGCACCAGCGCCUGCCCGAGAAGCUCAUCUCAACCGUCCAUCUCAUCAUCAGAUCGGGAAUUGCUGGCCCUCGGUUAGUGGCCUGCAUUCUCCUCGCUCUCCUGCGGAUCCAAUCCCUUGCUGCCACGUGGAAGCUCCCUGGUGGCGGGUUUGUUGGUAAAAGAGCAUUGGAAACUGGAGCAGGAGCCAUGGCAGCAGAAGAGGCCAUGUCGCCAGCAGCAGUGGCAGCAGCGGUAGAAGCGUCACAAAACUACGGUGCUUGUCCUACACUAAGAGACGUGACUCACCUGCUGCGGCUGUUGAUGGAGCUGUUGUCUCGAGGGAAGCCGGUGGCGGUGGCGCUGGUGACAGCGUGGGAUCAGACGUUCGUGCGGCGACUGCAGGACGAAGGGAGGAGAGAGCAGGCUGCGAGCGUCAUUCGAGAGGCUCUGAGGUGGGCUUGUGAGGCACAGGUGCCAAUGCCCACUCCACAUGCUGCUGCUUCUGCUGCUGCUGCUGCUGCAGGUCAAGAAGCCCUCACCGCAGCUGCUACCUCCCUAUCUCCUGUCACUGUCCCUCCCUUCGCCUCUGCCUCUCUUGUCCUGCCCGGUGGCUGGCCCAUGGCCCCACUACCCCUGCCACUAGCCACACUCCACACCAUGCCAUCUCGCCUGCAUGCCGAUAUCUCUCCUCUCAUCACCAUCCUGGGACAGCUCAUUUCCUCAGAGCUGCUUGGCCAAUGGGAGAGCAUCUUCUCUCGGCACGAUGAUCUUCCACUCGGCACCCGCCACGUGGCGGCGCGUGACUGGGCCGUGCAGCUACCGCCACAGCUCCGGCUAUGGCUGCCGGAGUCCUGUCUGGCCGUGGUAUCACAGGGCAAGGACAUAGAAGAGGGAGCUAGAGUUGUGGCCACUGCAGGCGUGUCGGCACGUGAGCGGGCACGGGGGGUAGUGCUGCUGCGUCUGCUGCUGGAACUCUUUCUCGAUCGCAGCAUGUCUCUAGAAGACUUGACUCUCCGCCUGUCUCUGGCCCGCUCUCACACCACUGGCUCCACUGUCGCUGCUGGUGGUGACGGUGGCAGAGGCAACCCUGCUACAGCAGCGGAAGCAGAACUCAACCGUCUGAUUGACUCCCUCUCGCCACUCCCCUUGCACCGCUGUCUCUCGGACCUCUCCUCCGCUCGCUCCGCCCUGCUCUCUGCUCUCUCUGUGCCUGCACCCAUCGCUGCCUCCCUGCCGCUGGACGUGUCCGUGUCUCCUGAAGUGGCUGCUCUAGUGGCUGAUGCUUCUAGCACAGCUCUGGUCAGUGUGCCUGGGAGGCUGGGAAGUGGAGAAGAUGGGGAUGAAGGUUCAGAAGGCGCUAUGCAGGCUAAUGAUGAAAUAGGAGUGGGAGGAAGAGGAGGGAAAGAGGAUCUACCCGUUUCUCAGCUGUGGGGCAAUGUGUCUGCGGCAGCGAAUAGAGUGAGAGCGCUCCGCCGGUGCCUGCUACAGUGGUCGCAAGAGGACGAGACGAGCCAGAGGGCGCUGCUAGCACAGGAUGCCGCCUUCCAGUCCACCGCAUUCGGCUGCUCCCUCCUGCAUUUCUCGGGCGUUCCUGAGCAGCAGCAGAGGGCGAACCAGAUACUAGCAGCGUCUGCAACAGCAGCAACCGGCACGGGAGGAGGAGGAGGAGGGGAUGGGAGGUCGAGGGGUCUGCUGCUAGUGGCCCCUUUCCUCUCGGCACUGCGCCAGGUGGAAUCGACGUUGCUGGACUGCCCUGCUCCGCUCGCUCAUGCGAUGUGGGCUGCAGCAGGGGCGGAAGGAAAGGGACUGAGAGAAGAGGGAAGCGGAGGGAUUGGCACCACCGGUGGUGCGGGAGGGAAAGCACGGGGAGUGGAGGCGGAGGAGGCGUUUCUAUCCGCGUUUGGAGUGGUGCUGGAGUGGCAUGAGUCGCUGUGGGAGUGUGUGAGGGUUCUGCAGGCAGCCGUGCCCUUUGACCGGCUGGUCUUUGUGUGGCACAAGCUCUGCUCCGCUGCUCUCCGCAUGGUCAAGGCUGCAGCCAGAACUGCAGCAGCAGCAGCAGCCGCAGCAAAUGAGCGCAGUGGGGGAGUGGUGGGAGCGGGGCUGAGAAUGUCAGCAGAGGAGCUAGCAGCUGUGCAGGCUGUGGAAAAGGCGUGGCAGCAGCUGUGCGUCACCAUGGCAUCCAUCAACAACGUCUUCGCCUCCCCCAUCGCCCCACAAGAAGCAACCCUCGCUGCCACUGCAGCCGCAACCACCGCUGCACCCAGUGGCUCGCAUCCCCCUCUCCUUGCGGCUCUGCUAGCUCUGCAAGGCCCCUCAGCAGCAGCCAGUGCAGCGCAGGACCGGGUGGGGAAGCGGUCGCUGUGGAAGGAGGCGGGGCAUCCGCUGCUCCCUGCGUCCCUGGCCGUGCUGCAAGGGGACACGGCACUGGCUUCUCUGGUGGACGCGUGGGUGCUUGCUCCUGUGCGCACAGCGGGAACGGGCCACGGGGACGUGGAGAGCUUCAAGGCUGAUGACCAAUGGGAGAGUGCCACGUGGCCGAUGGCCGUGGACCCGUCCUUGCGGCGCAGGGCAGUGGAGGCCUUAGGGCUGCUGCGGCAAAUCACAAUGCGCCAACGGGGCAUGGCAACUCAUGCUGACAGAGGCACGGGCAGCAGUGGCAGGACAGAGGAUGCAGAAAUAACUGCUGCUGACCUCAUGCUGGCACUUCAAGGGGAAGCGCAGCAGGCCAGGGCCAUUGCCUCUCAACCCCUGGGCCCCUGUGAGCUUAUCCCCACAAUUCCUCGCCCAACCACCACCGCUGCAACUGCCACCGCCGCCACCACCACCACCACCGCCACAACAGCUGCUGCUUCCCUGUCUGAACAAUCCGCAGAAGAUCCAGAGUCCUUUUCCCCUCCUCCCCCUGCCUGUCUGUUCUCGAGUGGUCUCAUGAGGUGGCCUGGUGUGCGGCAGCUGUGGCUGGCCGUUCUGCCUCUCCUCUCCACCUCCUCCCACCUCCUCGCCUCAUCCCUCGUUGUCCACCUGGCGCCGCUGCUUCUCCCGGGGACAGAUGGCAAGCUGUCAUUGGUGGCCCUGAGCAAGGCCUCCUCCUCUGUUUCGAUCUCCUCUCUCUUCCGAAGGCUUCUUCUGGAGUCCUCCCGUGCGCCUUCCCAGCUGCUUCCGUUCCAGCAGCUGCUGUGGAUCCAGAGGGUUCCGCCCUCCUCCUUCCUUCCAGACGAGCUCGCCCUCGCUCUGCGCUGUCUGCUUCACGACCUUCACUUGCGUCAGCUCGAGAGCCAAUGGGAGUCCGCCACCUGGCGCCUGCCGCUGCUGCCAUUGGGGAAGCGGUCAGGCAAGGGUGCCGACGUGUCAACAUCUACAGAGCCCCUGACAUGGACAGCCACAUCAGGCUCUGCUCGUUUCUUCCAGUCCUCGGUCUCCCUGCUCUCUGCAUCCCUCAUAGCGGACAUGGGGGGAGCAGCAGGGGGCCCAUGGGGGGGUGGAGGGGCGACAGUAGCAGAGAGUCAGGUGCAGCGGGGGCAGCUGCUGCUGGCGGCUGCAGGAGUGGGGGCGCUCUGCUGCGCCCCUGCUGCCCCUCGCUUUGACCAGGAUGUCACUGUUGCUGUGGCUUCUCUUGCUCAGAUCAUAGCAGCUCACAUUGCGUGCUUUCCAGAGUCCCUCCGUCCGUCUCUCUGUCACGAGCUCUCCUCCAUCACAUCCCAGCGCCACAAGGUCACGGCACAUGACAUCGCGCCUCUCCACCACCUCCUCUCCGCCACCUGUCCGCACCCUCUCUCCCUCUUCGCCUCCCAUCUGCUGCUGCCCGCUCUCUGCUCCCUCGCUGAUGCUCUCCGUGCCAACGCUAAGCCACCGGGACAGGGCCUGCUUCAGCCCGAUUGUUCUGAGGCCCUAGCGCAUCUAGGCAGUGCAUGGCUGAGGGUGGGCUGUCUGCGCCUGCACCUGCUGCUGCCGCCAGGGGGAGUGGACCCCACUUCCAAGUACCGCCACGCGCUCUCCCACUUGGAGCAGCAGCAUGCUGACCUUACACUCCAACUCAAGCUGCACGAGUGGCUGGCAGCAGUGGGCACGGACGGCAUCACACACCACCACAGGGCCGCACGGGCGAUUGCUGUGCAGCUGGAGGAGGUUUCCAGGAAGCUGUGGGCCGCACGAGCCAAGUCCGUGGCUCGACCAGAACCCUCACCCUACCCAGCGUUCUUCCAGGAAGUCUCGCGCUUCCUCACAUGGACGGCGGGCGUGGAGCGCGUGGGCGGCAUUGUUCAGCAGUGCAUGGCGGUGGUGGCGGGGGCGGCAGCUGCGACGGAUGUUUGUGGGAGCUCGCCUGUGCUGGGCUCUGACUUGCAGCUGGCGAAUCUUCUGUCUCAUGUGUCCGCAUGGAAGUCGUCGGUAGCAGCGUUCGCACAGCGCCUGCCACGCAGCUUCCCGCUGCUCCGGGACGUCACCCAGCCGUGCCAGCUGGCGGCCUAUGAGAUGGUGCAUGGCGCAUCGCUGCUGCUCUGGGCCGCGCUCUCGUCGGCCCUUCGGACGACAGACGGGCCUCUUACGGCUGUCACCAAAUCCCUCCUUGCCUUCCCCCGAGGCGUUUCCAUCCCCGCUCAAAAUCAACCACCUGCCCCCACGUCCGGCACCAAGGCCACCAGCAUCACUAUCAGCAGUGGAACAGAAGAGGCAGCAGAAGCAUCAACUGGAGUUUCAGCCUCCCGCGCUGCUCUGUUCCUGCACAAGGAUGUGUUUGCAGCUCUGCAUGCCCGCGCCAGCAGGUUCAGCAUGGGGGGGAGUGGCAGCAACCAAGAGAAGGAGGUGACAGCGUCGGUGGCGGUGGUGUCGUUGCUGCGUGCCGCACUGUUUGCAGUGAAGGAUGACGUCACUCCAGCUGCACUCUACUCCCCAGCUACAGGCGCUGAGGCUCUCCAGGUCCUGGAGCAAUCGUUUGCAGCGUUUGUGGACAUGUGGUCCGAGAUGCGAGAAAAAGAAAAGCGGCAGCAGGCAGAGGCGGAGCUGGUGUACAAGCAGCGCAGCACGGCCACCACAAGCACUCUGGAGCUGGAGGAGAACGACGCGGAGGCGGAGGAGGAGGAGUACCGCGCCAUGUUCCCCACGCUGUCGGACCACUUUGCUGACCUGGACGUGAAGGAGCACGUGCAUGCUGACGAGGAGGAUGCCCAUGCAGCACGGGCAAAGAAGCAGGAGGAGGAGAGGCAGAAGCAGGAGGAGGAGGAGGAGGAGGAGAGCAGGGCUGGUAAGGGGAUGGCAAUCGUGUGGAGGGCGCUCAAGGAGGAAGGCGGGCUCACAUCCGAGCUCGUUGACCUGCAUUGCCGCCUCUUCUCCCCUGCUGAGGAGCUCACCCCGCACACGUGUGCAACGCCACCUGCCCUCCCGUCCUCUGGCUUCAUGGCGGCCUAUGACACUGCAACGCACAUUCUCAGAGUCGCCGACGGUAUUCUCCCGUGCUCAGUGGACGAAGCAACAUCCGAGGCCCACUUCUUCCGCCUCUGCUCUGCUGCUAACGAACUCUCCACUGCAUCCGCCACCGCUACAAGCACAUCUGCUUCUAUCACACCAGCACCAGGGGCAGCCGAGCAACGGGCCAUUCCAGUGGACCUGAGAAAGGUGGCGUCGCCAUCAGAGCUGGCUCUCAUGCUGCCGCCGCUGCAGGCCCUCCUGCAGCGCCUGCAGCAGCUGCUGGAGGAGUGGCCCGACAACCCCCUCCUCACCACCCUCGUGCAGAUCGCUGCGCGCCUGCUCGCCCUCCCACACACCACUCCUCCUCUCAAGGCACUGGUGGGGAUGGAGCUGCUGCUCACCAAGGCGCAGAUAUGGCAGGAGCAUGCAGCCGCUCGCGUCUCCAUAGCACCGGAACUAGGGGGCAUAUCGCGGGUGGUGAAGCGGUGGCGCAUGAAGGAGCUGGCCUCGUGGCCUGCUCUACUGGACGCCCGCUCGCGCAAGCACACCGCUACGGCUGACAAGCUCUGGUUUGUCCUCUACGAUCUGCUCAUCCAGCCGUUCUCACAACCUUCGACGCAAGCAGCAUCCGCCGAUGCAAGCACACCUGCUGAUACAGUCACAUCCGCUGCUGCAAGUGCACCCACCGAUACAGUCACGCCUACAGAUCUUGCGAAGGGCAAUGGCAUGGGUGAUUCAGAUCCGAACAGGGAGCAGAAAGGCGGGCAGAAACUGGAUCGUGUUGGCGAAGUGGCAUCAAGUCUGGAGGACUUUAUCCGCUCCUCCCCUAUCGGCGAGUUCCCCCGCCGCCUGCAGAUGCUGCGCGCCUUCCGCUCCCACCUCCUCGCCACUCUCUCUGCCUCCUCUCCUUCCUCCUCUCACUCUCCUGCUGAUGUUGCUGCUUCUGCCGCUGCGCCAUCGCCGUCCGUCGCCGCUGCUUCUGUUGCAGCAGAUGGUGCUGGGAGUACCGGGGGUGGCAAGGGGGGGGGAGAGGGCUCCACAGUACCAGCAGCAGCUCUUGGAGAGGAGGAGAGGGUGAAGGAGAAGCAGCAGCUCAUAGCUGUUCUCUACAACCUCCAUAACUACUUCGCUCAGUACCUUGCACCUGUGACAGCAGCCAUGCGAGCGGCCCGGCGCCCGUUGGAGGUGGAGCUGCAGCAGCUGGUGACGCUGACGCGGUGGGACGACCGCUCGUACCACGCGCUCUCCAUGGCCUCGGAGAAGGCCCACCGCAAGCUCGUCAAGCUCUCCCGGAAGUGGGAUCACUUCCUCAAGCGCCCUGUGGUGCACACGCUGGCAGCAGCCUCCGCUCGCAUUGGCCUGCCAGAGCUCACUGCUGUGCACACGGGCCAAGCCGACGACGCAGCCGCAGCAGGUGCAGCAGGGACAGGAGGGGGAGCAGGGGGAGUAGGAGGAGCAGGGGCAGGGGCAGGUGGUGGAGCAUUGCAAGGGGCGGCUGUGAUGGCUGCUGCCAGUGCAGCCAAGGGCAGGGCACAGGGCGUUAGGCGGAGACGGUUCCAGAGGAAGAAGGCUGCUGAGGUCACAAGGCCACCAACCUUCGAAUCCAUUUCUUCGGAUCUGAGUGGCUUCGUGGCUGCACAUGCGCCUCUGCUCGCCCUGCCUUCCGUCCCUCCACACCUCCCUUCGUCAUCUGAGCCGGCUACAGCUGUCAAUACACAGCCAGCUUCAGCAGGAGUGCUACAGCAGCUGCCCAUAUCAGCCCUGGCCUCUCGAGCUGCUUCUCUUCUCUCCACUGCUCUCUCCUCCCCGUCCAUCCUGCAUACCAACGACCCCGGUGCCAGUGCCGACACUGCUGCUGCUCCUGCCAGUGCUGCUGCUGCUGGCACUGCCGGCACUGCUACUGCUGCCAGUGAUGUAGCUGCUGCUGGCGGGUCACCUUCCCCUGUCGGGACAGCAGCAGCAGAUAUGGAAGCAGCAGAGACAGUGGAAGACCUUACAGUCACUGUCAUCUCCCGCUGUUUCGAGCUGCGGUCACUGGGGGAGAAGUGGGAGAGGGAGGAGGGGAAGAGCAAGGCAGAAGCAGGGGGAGGAGGGGGAGCGGAUGGGAAGGGAGGCGGGGAGAAGAAGGAAGGGAGCAGCCACAGGGGGUUGGUGCGUCAAUUGAAAAAGAAGGCAGUGGUUGACCUUCUGAGGACGCUGAGAGGCCUGGGUGUUAGCUCCAGACGCACUGCCGUGCCCGAGAUCCAUCGCUCACCACACUCCUGGUUCCGCCAGCAACCAACUGACGUGCAGCAGCUGCUGCAGCUAAUAGUAACCCUACAGCAGCGGCAGCUGCUGCAGCCGCAGGGGGGGGAGAAGGACCGCAAGCAGUUAGCCACGUCAGCAGCAGCAUCUGGGGCAUCCACUGCUGCCACGGGAGCAGCCAACCCGCUGAAUGUGCGUCAGCUGGCAGAGGCGGGCGUGGCAACGUGGCAGCGUGCGAGUGGGUACUACUAUGGCAACAUGGCGCGCCUGCAGCGCGUGUGGCAGGCCGGUCAAUCGUUCCAUAAAGACCUCACACUCAGAGAGGUGACGAUAGCAACGCGCAUGUUGGAGCACCUGCUCUUCGUGCAGACCUCCCAGAGGGCCACCGCACAGGCAGCAGCAGCGGACAUCACUCGGCUCGCAUCCGCUGCUUCCACCUUCGCUGCUCUCGCAGGACCAACCACCACCACCACCACCAUUAGCAGUGGCAGCUGGAGCCCUCUUCCCCCACAGUCUCUUGUGGCCUUCUGGCUCUCGACCCAGCAGCAACUCGUAGCCUCCCUACUGGCCUCCCUGGGCGACCUCCGCCAGCUGGUGGCUUCAGCAGCUGCCACGUGGCACGAGCUGCCACAUGGCGCCCCGUCAGCAGCCUCUGCAGCCACUGCUGUGACACAUGCCAUGGAGGAUUUGAUCAAAGCACAGGCGUCUCUCCACCUCCUGCAGCCGCCACCCACCACCUGCAGCACGCCCGGCCUUCUCUCCUCCUCGCCUUCCACUCUCCUCCCACCUAUGGCGCCCCACAUUCUCCUCUCCAACUUCGCUCACGUGAACGAGGUGUUUCAGCAGCUGCAGCAGUCUCUGGAGUGGAAGCUGCCUGCUCAUGCUUCUGCUGCUGGCGAUGCUGCUGCCAGUGGUGAGGCUGCUGCUGCUGCUGCUGAUGCUGGUGGCGCUGGAGCAGGGGAGGAUGAUGGUGCAAGUGAUUCGGACUCCCUCAUGCGAUGGGUUCCCGGGUGGAAAGUGCUGCGAGAUGCUUUUAUCAAGGCAAACGCCCUCUCACUGGAAUGCCAGCAGAUCCUGGGCCCAUUCUCCUCCACUAAAUCAUCAGGACACCAGUCAACACCAGAGAACCACGCUACAUCCCCUCCUACUGAAGCCGCUCCCUCUCAAGCAAACGACAACACUUGUUCUUUUCCCCAGACGUCCAACCUGACCCCUGAGUUUACAUUCAGCUUGACUGCCUUCCACUCUGCUUACGACGCUGCGUUGACCCAGGUGCUGCUGGGGGUGCAGUCCCUCUCCCGCACUGCCAAGCAGAGCGCUCAUGCCCCCGGAGGAGCUACUACAGAGGAGAAAGGAGAGGAGAAAGAAGGGGGUACAGGAGAAGGGGGAACGGAGGGAGAAGAGGCAGGGGGUGGGACGGUGGAGGAGGAGGUGGAGGAAAGGAAGGGAGGUUUGGGCUUGGUUGAGGAUGGUGGUGGGGAGAUGGAGGGGGUGGAGGGGAGUAUUGUGGGGUGGAGUAAGGAGGCGGAGAGGCGGUUGCUGGUGCUGCGCCUGCCUCAGAUGGUGGCUGCGGUUGAUGCUGUGGUUCUGGCUGCUAGAUCGGUUGCUGAUGCAGGCAACAAAGACAGUUCCACGUCUGCAGCAGCAGCAGUGACUCAGAGGCUCGCUCAGCUGCAUGUGAUGCUGGAUCUGGUGGUCACUGCAUCGCUUCACCUUCUGGGAAGCUUCCUCUCGCUGCACAAAGCUGUGGCGAAGCUCGCACACGUGCUGGCCAACCUCUUCACUGCUCUCUUCCUGGAGGGCUUCUGCACGCCCAAGGAUGCGCAGGAGGAGGAGGGCGGGGGCAAGGGCGCAGGGAAGUUUGAGGAGGAGGAGGGCACGGGCAUGGGCGAGGGGCAGGGGAAGACGGACGUGAGCGACGAGAUCGAGGAUGAGAACCAGCUCAUAGGCACGCAGGACGAGAAGCAGGAGGAGGAAGGGGAGAAGGGGAAGGGGGACAAGCUCCCCAAGGGGAUCGAAAUGCAGCAAGACUUCGAUGGGGAGAUGCAUGAUAUAAGCGAGGAUGAGGAGGAGGAGCAGGAGAAGGAGGAGGAGGGGGAGGAGGAGCAGCAGCUAGACGAGGAGAUGGGGGAUGUUGGUGAUGAUGCUGAUGUGGUCGAUGAGAAGAUAUGGAAGGGGGAGGACGAGGAGGAGAAGGAGGGGAAGAGGGAGAAGGAGAAGUUUGAGAAGGAUUCGACGAUCUCGGGGGCAAGAGAGGAGGAUUUGGAGUAUCGGGGGAAGGAUGAGGAGGAUGAGGAGGGAGGGGAGGGAGGGGAGGAUGAUAAGGAGGGGGGGGAGAAGGAUGGUGCAAAGGAUAAAGAGGACGAGAAGGAGGAGAAGGGGAAAGAGGAUCCGCAGGCGAAGAAGGAUGAGAAGGGAAAGAAGCAAGGGGAGGAGGAAGGCGAGGGGCCAGAGGAAGAAGGGGGAGAGGAGGAGGGUGAGGUGAAUGAGUGGCAGGGAGAAGGAGAGGAGGAAGGGGAGGAGAUGGAGGAAUCUCAUGGAAUUAAACCGAGAAAGGAGGAGGAAGUUCCGGAAUUAGACCUUCCGGAUGAUAUGGAAAUAGAUGAAGGGGAGGAGGGUGGGAAGGAGGGAGGGGAGGACGAGGAAGGGGAGACAGAGGUUGAAGAAGCUAAAGAGGCGAUGGGAGCACAUGGAAGGCCGCAGGUAGAGGAGGAGGAGGAGGAGGAGGAGGAGGGAGAGGUGAAGGAUGAUGAGUGGGAUGAGAUGGAUGGGGCGAACGAUGGUGCUGGGGGUGCUGCUGCUGACGCUGCUGCUGGUGGGGAGGAGGAGGGAGGGGAGGAGGAUGGGGAGGAGAAAGGUGAGGGAGAAGGGGAGGGAGAAGAGGAGAAGGAGAGGGAUGCAGGUGUGGAGAAGGAGGAAGGGGAGGAGGGUGAGGAGGAGGGAGAGGAGGGAGAAGAAGGGGAGAUGAAGGAUGGUGAUGAGGAGGGAGGUGAGGAGGAGGGAGAUGAUAAGGAGCCUGAGCAGAUGGGUACUGGUGCAGAAGCAGCAGUAGCAGAGGAGCAGAUGGAGGAAGAGAAAGAUAUCAAGGGGACGAAAUCCGCCAGGGAUCAGCAGCAGCAGGAUGGGAGCGAGCAAGUAGCGGGAGUGCGAGCAGCAGGGACUGCUUCUGUUGAUGUUAUGGGUAUGGAGGAAGAGGAGAAUGAGACGAAGGGGCAAGGUAAGGAGGACGAGGAGGAAGAUGAAGAGAGGAAGGAGAGUGAGAAGAGCAUGGAGGGUGGGAAGGAGAAGAGGAAGGGGAAGGAGGGAGGGAAGAAGGAGAGGAAGAAGAAGGAGAAGGAAGAGGUGAACCCGUUUAGAAGCUUGGGCAGUGCGUUAGAGGCUUGGAAGAAAAAGGCUAGUAUUGCAGGUGAUAUGGAGGAGGAAGGCGAGGAGGAAGAGGAGGAGGAGGUACACGGAGAGACGGAGAAGGAUAAGGAUGCAGAAGGGGAGGAGUAUGAGUAUGUGAAAGGAGAGGAGGAGGGAACAGGACAGGCAGCAGGAGCAGCUACAGAGGAACAGAUGCAGGAAAUGCAAGGAAAGAUGGUGGAUGAGGGGGAGGAGGAAGAGGGAGCAGAAGGGAAGGCUGGAGACGAGGAGGAAGAAGUGGAAGAGAAGGAAGAGGAGGGUGAGGAGGAUGGGAAGGAGUCGGAGAAGGUAACUGGUGGGGGGCAGGGGGGGAAGAACAAGCAGAAGAUGAUGAAAGAUGCAGCAGAGGAGGAUGAUGGGGAGGAGGGGGAGACAGGAGAGGCGAAGGAGGGUGAGGAGGAAGAGGAGGAGGGAGAGGAGCUAGAGGAAGGUGAAGAGAUGGAAGUGGAUGGGGAUGGGUCUGGAGGCAUGGAGUCCAGCUUCGUAUCCAUGCGGUGGAAAGAGGAGGCAAAGGAAACAGCGCAGGUGCGAGAAGCAGAGGGGGGGAAGGAAGAGGAAGUGGGAGAAGCUGGUGAGGAAGGAGCAGGGGAGGGGGGCACUGUUGGAGGAGCGAGGGAUAAGGUCUGGACGGAGAUAGAGCUGGAGCAGAUGAGAGCGGAGGUGGAGGCAGAGAUGCAGAGGAUGAGAGAGAGUGAGGAGGGAAGGCAGAAGCUCGAAGCAGCGCGGGACGCAUGGCGGAAAUACGAGCUGCUGUGCAGUGGUGCGGCACAGGAGCUUGCAGAGCAGCUGCGGCUGAUUCUAGAGCCUUCCAUGGCGACCAAGCUGCAAGGGGACUACCGGUCGGGAAAGCGGAUCAACAUGAAGAAAGUGAUUCCGUACAUUGCAAGCGGGUUCAAGCGGGAUAAGAUUUGGUUGAGGAGAACACGCCCGGACAAGCGCAAGUAUCAGGUGGUGCUGGCGAUAGACGACUCUCGGAGCAUGUCAGAGGCGCGGUGCGGGCAUCUAGCCCUCGAAGCAAUGGCCACGAUUUGCCGAGCCAUGGCGACGAUCGAGGUUGGGGAGAUCGGGGUCGUUGCUUUCGGGGAACCUGGUAACGUGCGCAUGUUACAUGAGCUUGACCGGCCAUUCUCCCCUGAAGCAGCUGUUCAGGUCAUCUCUCAAUUCUCGUUUAAGCAGGACAACACGAUUGCAGAUGAGCCUAUGGUGGAGUUGCUAAGAUUUCUGUCGGGUGCGCUGGAUUCUGCGGCGAUGAGGUACUCGGCGAGUGCGGGCGCGGGAGGGGGCGGGCAUCUGGAGCAGCUGGUGCUGAUUGUGGCGGAUGGGCGGUUCCACGAGAAGGAGACCCUAAGGCGCACGGUGCGGCAUGCCAUGGGCAAGGGGCAGCUGCUGGCGUUCAUUCUGCUGGACAGCCCUGCUGACUCCAUCCUAGACAUGCAGUCUGUCUCGUUCUCUGACGGAGUGCCAUCCUUCUCCAGCUACCUGGACUCCUUCCCCUUCCCCUACUAUAUCUUGCUGAGGGAUAUCCACGCUCUCCCCCGCACACUCGCAGGCCUGUUGCGACAGUGGCUUGAGUUCGCUAGAAGCAGAGGGCAGUAGACAGCAGUAUAUCAGUGGGAGAUACAUUGCAUCACUAUAUUUGCUUAGCAGUCUGCAUGAAUGUUUCUGUUAGAUUAUAUGGCUUUUAUGUCCACCACUGUGAACCGUUCGCUAGUGAGAACUUUGUUCCAUGCUGCUACCGUUUGAGUGGUGUAUCCUUCUAAAAGGGUAAGAAUGUCCUAGCAUGGGAUGGAAACACGCCAGAAUGAUAAAUAUGGCAAGUGCAU